AUGAACACCGUUCUAUCAAGAGCCAACUCGCUGUUUGCCUUCUCUUUGAGCGUUAUGGCGGCCUUAACGUUUGGCUGUUUUAUCACAACAGCGUUUAAAGACAGAACAGUUCAUGUGGACGUCAGCGUCUCUCAAGUAAUGCUGAAAAAUGUUGACGACUUCGCCGGAUCCAGAGAGCGCAGUGAUCUUGGUUUCAUCACAUUCGACCUCGCAGCUGAUUUGCAGCCAAUAUUUGACUGGAAUGUCAAACAGCUCUUCCUUUAUUUGUCUGCUGAAUACACAACAAAAAACAAUGCUUUGAACCAGGUGGUGCUCUGGGAUAAGAUUGUCCUUCGAGGUGAAAACAACAAACUGAACCUCAGAGGUUUAAACUCGAAAUACUACUUCUUCGAUGAUGGGAAUGGUCUGAGGGCCAACAAGAACAUCACGCUGACACUGUCAUGGAAUGUCAUUCCCAACGCUGGAAUCCUGCCGCUCGUAGUUGGGAGUGGAGGCAUCAGUCUACCUUUUCCUGAUAAAUAUGAGUCACCCAAAAGCUACUAG